AUGAACCUGCAUAUGUUGUUGAUGAUGGAAAUAUUCCAAGAAGUUUACUUAUGCACAUGUGCUGAUCAACAUCCAGUAUAUUUAUGUGAUUAUGCUGAAACAGAAGAUGGUCAAGAUUUAAAUGAUGGACAACGACGAACAUUAGUUCGUGGUGGUCCAUAUUAUAUUUUCACUGUCGAUAGACAUUGGACAACAAAUGGAAAAAUAUCAGAUAAAGAACUUAAAAAUGAAAUAAACAAACUAUCAAAAUAUGGUGUGUUUAUUGAUAAUCUUUGA